CAGGGACCGGCUCUGCGGGUCUACAGCCGGUCCUCGGUCCGGUUCUGAUUCCGCGUUGCAGUCGGUAGCUGCUCGGUUCCGGUCCGGUUCUUCCUUCCGGGUCUCCGCUGCAGGUUGCCAUGGAGACCGCCGACGCCGUGGACGGCCGUGUUGACGAGCAGCCGGACGGCGCCCCGGCCCCCGCCCCGUCGGAGGGGGCGGAGCCGGCGGCGGAGGACCAGAAGGAGGCGGGGCCCGCGAAGCCCGCCCCGCCCCCCCGGCGCCGCGCCGCCGCCAAGCGGGCGCAGCGCGGGAAGAGGCGGGGCCCGGCGGAGAAGAGGCGGGGCCAGAAGCCCAAGAGGCGGGGCCCGGAGGAGAAGCGCGAGGGCGUGACGGUGAAGACGGCGUGGAGCGGCGGCAAGCGGCGCUGGGACAAGAAGCACUACUGCGUGUUCUGCCGCCGGCCGCAGGUCAAGAUCGCCCGCCACAUGCUGGGGAAGCACGCCGACGAGCAGGAGGUCAUCGCCGCCAGCGUGCUGCCGCCCGGAUCCAAGCAGCGCCAGCUGCUGCUGGAGCACCUGCGCUGCCGCGGAAACUACCUGCACAACAUCGAGGUGAUCCGGCAGGGCAGCGGGGAGAUCAUUCCGUCCCGCCAGCCGUCGGAGGAGGUGGACGCCCGGAACUACCUGCCGUGCCCGCUGUGCCUGGGCUUCUUCCUGCGGGCCGACCUGUGGAAGCACCAGGUGUCCUGCCGCCGCAAGCUGGGCGUCGACCGCGCCGCCGGCGAGGCGGCGGACGCCGGCGGCGCCUCGGACGACGGCGCCGCCGGCGAGGGAUCCACCGCCGGCGAGGGGUCCGCCGUCGGCGAGGCGUCCGCCGCCGGCGAGACGUCCGCCGCGGAACCGGCCGGCGGCGAGCCCCCGCCGGAACCCGAGCCCGGCGCCGAUCGGAGCGCCGCCUCGGAAGGCGGGACCGACCGGCCCAGGAAGCGCGCCCGGGUCCAGGCCGCCGCCUCCCGCCUGCUGCCCAUCUCCAGCGGAGCCUCGGAGAGCUGCAGCGAGAUCCUGCACCGCAUGAACCUGGACAACGUGUCCUACCAGGUCAAAUCUGAUUGGCUGAUCUGUAAGUACGGGAACAAGCUGAUGGGGACGCAGGACGGGGGACAGAAGCGCUACGACUACGUGAGCCAGAAGCUGCGGGAGCUGGGCCGGCUGCUGCUGGCCGCCAAGUCCCUGGACCCGGGAGUCCAGACCCUGCAGGACCUGCUGGCCCCGGGCCGCCUCAGCCUGGCCCUGUCGGCGGCCCGCAAGGCGUCCGGGUACCGCUGGAGCCGGCCCCCGCUGGCCGUCAAGACCACCCUGAAGACCGUCUGCGAGGUCGCCAUCGGAGAGAACCUGCAGGACGGGGACUGGGAGGCCGCCGCCAAGACCACCGACUUCUACCACAUGCUGGGCAGGGAGUGGGACAACCUGGGCCUGCAGAACCCCGGGCCGGACAGAGGUGAUCCAGACGGACGAGAGAAACCUAAGAAACGAGCGAUCCAGCUGAGGACCGACAAGGACUUCAGACCCGAGGGUCUGUCCAAGAGCCACAGACCGCUUCCUGCCCUGGUCCCCCCGGACUCCAGACUGCAGACCCCCGUCUCAGUCCCCAUGGCCCCGAAGAAGGUCCAGCGGCGCCCCUGGUCCACGGCGGAGAAGGAGGCCAUCUGGAGACAGCUGGGGGUCCACGUCCUGGUCCAGACCGUCCCGGGCAAGGAGGUCUGCCAGCGCUGCCUGGACCUGGAGCCCGUCCUGCGGGGCCGGCACUGGAAGGACAUCAAGAACCAGGUCCACAACCAGAUCCAGAGCCAGAAGAAGCAGCAGUUUUACGUCCAGAUGGACCAGGAGGAGACCCAGCUCCAGCCGGACCAGAACCAGAACCAGAGCCAGAGCCAGGACCAGAACCACAACCAGAGCAAGAAAAAGCAGCCGCAGCAGCGGCAGGUCCAGAUGGACCCCCAGGACAAGGACCCCACGCAGAACCAGAAGAAGGCCCAGUACCAGCCCCCCCCGAUGGACCGGCAGGAGCCGGACCCGACCCAGAGCCAGAAGAGGCAGCACUACGAGGUCCAGCUCAGCCUCCAGAACCAGAAGAAGCAGCUGGACCCGGGCCAUCAGGGCCAUCAGGGCCCGCUGGACCACCAGGACCACCAGAACCACCAGAACCACCUCCACAUGCACAAGAAGCAGCUGUGCCACGCCCGCCUGGUCCAGCAGGACCAGCAGGACCAGCAGGUCCAGCAGGUCCACAGGAAGCAGCUGUACCAGAUGGACUCUCCGUCCCUGCAGACCCUGGACCGGGACCCGUCCUUACUGACGCCGUCCCCGUUCGGACCCGACGGGUCCCACCGGGCCCCCGGACACCCGCUGCUGGAGCGAGAGCCGGCGCUGGGCCCCUACCCGGUCCUGCACCGGGCCCCGGGGCCCCACAUGGACCCGCUGCUGUCCCGGCCCGACUGGCCCGAGGACCACCUGACUCAGAACUACCAUCUGGGCCGGCAGCUGGGCCGGGGCCUGGUCCCGGACCUGUCCUCAGGGGGACCGCCCCCCGCCCCUCACCCGGGACACGUCCACUUCUGACGGACCCCUGAGCCGGUCCUCCUGCAGGACCCCUGGACUCCUUACCGGGACCUGUUUCCCGGACCCGGUCCAGAACAGUUUGGACGCCGAGUCAGACCAGACCGGACCAGAACCCCAAAACGCUCCGAACCAUUCCGUCAGCAGCGCAGCAGAACCUGGUGUGUCUGGUUCUGGUCUGGGUCUCUGGAACGCGGUCUGGCCCGGUUCUGGGUCUCUGUCUCCGCGUCCCGGCUCUGCUGGACUUCCUCCUGUAUCAUGAUGUGUACUAAACCUGGUGAAGUCCAGAACCAGGACCGGGUUCAGCCCGGCAGCUCCGCUCAAGAAGCAGAGUCUGCUUCAGGGACCAGAACCUGAGAUGGUGGUUCUGGUCCUGGAACCUGGAACCUCUGCAUGGUUUGUGGUCCAGAACCUGGAUCUGGGGCCGGGUUGAGGAGCUGGUUCCUUGAAACAGACUUGGUUUCCAGAUCCGGCUCUGAAGCCAGUCCAGGUUCUGGAGCUGUAAACCGGAACCAGGUCCAGGUUCUACAUAUCUUCACACCAAGUCCGAGUUCAGGUCCAGAACCUGGUUGAAGAACUAGAAUCUGUUCCGGGUUUAAGUUCCUCAAACUGAAUUCAGCUUCAGGAGUCUGGACCGGGAACUCUGUGGACUCCAGACCUAGAACCUGGAACCAAAGACAGGUCCAGACCCUGGUUCCAGAGGUGGUCCUAGCUUCAAGAGCCACCCUGGAAUCAGGGUUCCCAAACCCAGAACCGACUCAGCUUGGAGAACCAGAGUCAGAUGUGGGUUCAGCACCGAUCCUGGGCUGGACAGCAGGGGACCAGGACCAGGACCAGGACCUGGGUUCUGGUGGAACCUGUUUCAGUAGAGAAGUGGACUGAGGACUGGGUCUUCCGGUGGACCUGAGGAGUCCCUCCUCCUCGCCACAGACCGGAUCCUGAGAUGAACCUGGUCCUCCAUGUCCUGAAGCAGAACCGGUUCAGACCAGAAGAGUCCAGCUGCUGGUUCUGGAACUGCUCCGUUUGAAUCAAUCACCUCUCAGUAUGCCGGUCUGUCGUCGUCAUGGUAACCGUCCAUCCACUCGCUGCCGGUCCUGGUCCUGGACCUCGUCCCAGUCCUGGACCCGGUCCCAGCCCCAGCCCUGUCCCGGUCCCGGUCCUGGACCCGGUCCUCAGUGUCAGUGUCGUCCGUGUCGUGCUAUGGGUGGUUGUACAGUGUCGCCACUAGAUGGCAGCAUUUAGAGUUUCUAUCAGAGGAUUAAAGCAUUUUUCUAUCUGUCA